AUGCGCCGAGCUGCUCUGGUGACCCGCUCUUCUGUGUUCUCGCACACCAUCUACGAUGGUGCAUGCUUCGUGCACGGUGGCGAAAGUGUAGAGAAACGUCCCAGUCGGCGCCGCUUUGCCGCCUUCAACACGCGCGGGCGUGUUGCACAGGCGAAGGAGCUAGUGGACAUGAUGAAGAAAAAGUCAGCGCAAGAUGCGAAGGAGUUCUACGAAGCCCUGCAGCCGCGUGACCGAUUGGACAUCCUGCGGCUACUCUACGAAAGGCGAAAGAAACGACAGAGCGACCAGGCCUCGUCUAAGCUGACCAAAUACUACAGCGUGCCGUUCGAGAAGAAGUACUUCUUCCGCGAGGAGGAUGUGGAGGAGGAGAGCACGCUUGGCAGGGGUCCCGGUGGGCAGGCCACGAACAGGCGAAUGCAGACCGCUAUUGUCAAACACGUACCGUCUGGCCUCAUCGUGAAGUUCAGCCGCUUUCCUUCGCUUUGGCUGAACCGCCGAGCUGCUCGUGAGCUUCUAAACCUGCGACUGGAGGAGCAUCUUCUGGGACCGGCUUCACGACUAGGCAGGGUCCGCGUGGCACGGGAGCGGCGUCGGCGACGGCGGCAGCGCACGAUGGCAUACCUGAGCGAGAAGGGGGCACGGCUGCAGGCGAGGGAUACGAGGCGGUGCCAUUGGCUCGCCUUCCUAACGGGCGAGUCUCCGCUGCCUAGCGCGGCUGUCUCUCAGAUGGGACUGGAGGAGGAUGCCGCCCUCGUACCAGUUACGACGGCAGUGCUCUUCGGGUCAGAGUGCCACAGAUGGUGGCCCAAGCUGAGAGCUGCCACCGAAAGUGCUGCCGCUGCUGCUCCCGACAGCACUAGUGAUGAUUGUGUGCCGCUGCUCCUGCAGUAUCUCUUCCCUGUCGUGUACGCGGACAGCAGCUGCGCAGAGCGGGAGGAGAUGAUGGCAUGCAAGUCGAACAAGGCGGUGCACACGAACGUGAAACGAGCGCUGACGUGCUUCUGUGAACUUUUCGGUCUUCGGUUGCGGCACACCCUGGCGUCGGUGCCGCCUGAGGCAUCGCGAGUAGUCCUCGAAAAGGAUGGGCUGAAUUGGGUGGAGCACAGGUCACGCAUGAUAACGAACGGCUCUCUGAGUCGGUUGGCUCGCACAUGUUGGCCACGCGUGUACAUGAGUGUCCGCGAACUCGGUAUGACACCAGAGGCGCGCGCCAUUAUUGUCUUUUUCAAGAAAGAGGUCAGCACUGCCAAAGGGUCAGCAUCGGGGGCGUGGGCAGCGGAGGCACUGCAGUGUUUUUCUGAGGCCGUUCGGAGAAGCAAACCUCCUGUGGCCGUGCAGCUGUCGAACGCACCCUCAUCUCGGGAGACGUGA